CAUGGAGACACGUGUAGGAACGGCCUCUAUAGACAUGGAAUCUAGACUUUGGCAGCUUCCCAUAACCUUAGCAAUGUCUUGUGUUGCAGCAUCGAGUAAUCAACUAGAGCAAGAAUAGUCGAGAAAUCAUGCCAUGGAGGCAACUGUGGGUGGGAAUUGUUGCAAGUCGAAACAUGGCCGAGCCUACUUCAAGAUCGGAAAAGGGGGAAUAUGACAUGGAGGAGAUGAGAGGCUCAACAUCUGCGCUGCAUAAAAAGCGUAUCGCAGCUUCAAAAAGCACGGAAUGAUCAAGACAAUUAUAAUUCACAUUCGAAAGAGACAACAACGUGGACAAAAUGCACAUUUACGCCUUUCUCACGCAGUUCAUGGGCCUUGCAAGCGUCGUAGCUGCAAAGAGCUACUUUACCAUCACCCUUCAUGCGCCUCAAUAUGCAGUCCUCAACGGCAAAGUCAUCAACGCUCGGGACAGAUCUUUCAUCAUUGGUGCCCAAAGUCCCAGCACACGCUGCGACCUCAAAGAUCUUGCCCAGUGUCCCGCAGGUGAUAGUACACUCGUCAACGACGAUAUGUCGUUUCUUGCCUCGGCGGCUCCUGGUGGCCAAUUCGUCUACGUCGCUCCGGAUGGCUCCAUCAGCUACCCCCCGGCUCACUCAUCAUUACGUCCUCCAGGCGCCCAAGUCGGCGGCUUUCACCCAUACUUGGCCCCAGUUGAUAACGGGGAAUCCGUACAUGUUCUCAACUGGCGAUCGAAUGAUGGUACGGCUGGUUUAUGGGCGUGCCCUGUUUCCCCAGGAGCACCUAUUGCUUACCAGGCAGUGCUCAAGGCGGCAACCGCACGAUUCAAUGGUCUGGGAUGUUUAGCUGUUGAUGGUAUCCGAAUCCAACCAGCUGGGAGUGACUUUGGGGCUUGGGAGUAUACCUGAAAACCAUUGCUGGUUGAGAUAAUAUUGAUGUCGUGCUCAAUAACAUCCGAAAUCUGUGCGCCUAAGUGCCAGCACGGCCCCGAUAUUAAUGCAGGGAGCGAUGGCAUCCGUCAUAGGAGCUGUAGUGUUCUAGUAUGCUCAGUUACUAUCAAUAAAUUGCUAAGAUUCUUUCCGUGGG